CCGCCUCGUAACUUCUCACUGCGUCCCUUCCUUUCUCCUUCCUCCUGCUCUACCAACGUCGUGGAAACAUCGCCUCCUUCGUCUCUCAUUCCCCAUAAGAUAUCUUUCCCGGCUUGCCGACGUCCCACCCCAGGAAAUUCAUUGGUCAUUUUCUUCCUUUUCCUGAUGGAGUUCCUUCUUAGAUCUCGAGUGUUUUUGUCUUUUGGCCUAUUUUUUCUGAUCCGGGUGUUCAACCGUUAAUCGAGAUAGAGGAUACCCAUCUUCAGAAUCACGCCGAAGUUUCUUGGUCCCUUCGCAGAUUUUUUGAGUACAAAGUAGCUUCCUCUUGUGCGCAAGACCAAUCCGCGUUUUAGAAAAAGGCGCUUUUUGGUGAUUCCCUUCUUCGAGAAGGAUGGUUGGUAAAAAACGUGGUUUGAGACUUUGAGUUAAGGAAUUGAAUCUUGUUGGAGAGAAGAAGGAGUUGAACUGUUGAAGGAGGGGGAAGAAUGGAAAACUAUCUGAACGAGAACUUUGGUGGGGUGAGGUCGAAGAACUCGUCUGAGGAGGCGCUCAGACGAUGGAGACGGGUAUGCGGUGUCGUGAAGAACCGCAAACGGCGAUUUCGGUUCACCGCGAACCUGUCCAAGAGAUCAGAAGCAGAGGCUAUGCGGAGAACCAAUCAUGAGAAGUUAAGAGUUGCUGUUUUGGUUUCAAAAGCAGCUCUUCAAUUCAUCCAUGCUGUUACACCUGCUCCUAGUGAAUAUACAAUUCCCAGUGAAGUAAAAAAUGCAGGGUUUGGGAUAUGUGCUGAUGAGUUGGGUAGCAUUGUUGAAGGGCAUGAUAUAAAAAAGUUGAAAGGCCAUGGUGGUAUUGAAGGGAUAGCAAACAUGCUCAAUGCAUCAAUCACUGAUGGGAUUAAUGCGACAAGUGAUACACUAAAAGUCAGGCAAGACAUCUAUGGCCUUAACAGAUUUACUGAGAGCCCACCUCGUGGAUUCUGGGGUUUUGUAUGGGAAGCACUUCAAGACAUGACUCUCAUCAUUCUUGGUAUCUGUGCAAUUAUGUCUCUGCUUGUUGGUAUCACCAUGGAAGGAUGGCCCACAGGUGCCCAAGAUGGGCUAGGAAUCGUGGCAAGUAUCUUGUUGGUUGUAUUUGUGACUGCAACAAGUGACUAUCGCCAAUCCUUGCAGUUUAAGGAUUUGGACAGAGAGAAAAAGAAGAUUUCAGUUCAGGUUACUAGAAAUGGAUACAGGCAAAAAAUCUCAAUAUAUGCUUUGCUUCCAGGUGACAUAGUUCACCUGUCGAUUGGUGAUCAGGUUCCUGCAGAUGGACUUUUCAUCUCUGGGUUUUCUUUACUAAUAGAUGAAUCAAGUUUAACAGGUGAAAGUGAGCCGAUAACUAUAAAUUCAGAUUAUCCUUUUCUUCUAUCUGGGACUAAGGUCCAAGAUGGAUCCUGCAAGAUGCUUGUGACAACAGUUGGAAUGAGGACUCAAUGGGGUAAGUUGAUGGCAACACUCAGUGAGGGAGGGGACGAUGAAACACCUUUACAGGUCAAGCUCAAUGGAGUGGCUACUAUCAUUGGGAAAAUUGGGCUGUUCUUUGCUGUUGUUACAUUUGCUGUGCUAACACAGGGGCUUUUUAACCGGAAGCUUCAGGAAGGUACUCACUUAAACUGGUCUGGAGAUGAUGCUCUGGAAUUGUUAGAAUAUUUUGCUGUGGCAGUUACAAUUGUUGUAGUUGCAGUUCCUGAGGGGUUACCCCUGGCUGUGACACUUAGCCUUGCUUUUGCAAUGAAGAAGAUGAUGAAUGAUAAAGCACUUGUUCGCCAUCUUGCUGCUUGUGAAACUAUGGGUUCUGGAACAUGCAUUUGUAGUGACAAAACAGGGACUCUGACCACCAAUCACAUGACUGUCAUAAAGUCCUGCAUUUGUGGUAACAUUAAGGAAGUGAGCAACUCGCAUGAGAAAGAGAGCAUCUGCACUGAAAUUUCAGAUUCUGUUCUAAAAAUUCUUUUUCAGUCAAUAUUCAACAACACUGGUGGUGAAGUGGUAAGAGACAAGGAUGGGAAAGUUGAGAUUCUAGGAACACCAACUGAGACUGCUUUGUUGGAGUUUGGUUUGUCCUUGGGUGGAGAUUUCCAAUUGGUACGCAAAGAAUGUAAAUUGAUAAAAGUUGAACCUUUCAAUUCUGCUAAGAAGAGAAUGGGUGUGGUACUGCAUCUCCCAUGGGGAGGCUUUCGUGCUCACUGCAAAGGUGCUUCUGAAAUUGUUCUGGCUUCUUGUGAUAAAUACAUAGAUUCAACCGGCAAGGUUGUUCCCCUUGAUGAAACAUCUACUAACCAUCUCAAUAAUACAAUUGAGAGAUUUGCUAGUGAAGCACUUCGAACGUUGUGCCUUGCAUACCUUGAACUGGAUGAUUUCUCUUCAGACAGCCAAAUUCCAACUACUGGCUAUACUUGCAUUGGUAUUGUGGGCAUCAAAGAUCCAGUACGUCCUGGUGUAAAGGAGUCUGUUGAGAUUUGCAGGAGAGCUGGUAUUACUGUAAGGAUGGUCACUGGGGACAACAUAACCACUGCAAAGGCAAUUGCAAGGGAAUGUGGUAUCCUUACUGAUGAUGGGGUUGCUAUUGAAGGACCACAGUUUCGAGAGAAGAGCCUGGAAGAAAUGACUGAACUAAUUCCAAAAAUUCAGGUGAUGGCCAGAUCCUCACCUCUAGAUAAACACACUUUGGUAACAAAGCUGCGAACUUUGUUUGGUGAAGUUGUUGCUGUGACUGGUGAUGGAACAAAUGAUGCACCAGCUCUUCAUGAAGCUGAUAUUGGCCUUGCAAUGGGUAUAUCCGGAACUGAGGUUGCAAAGGAGAGUGCCGAUGUUAUUAUAUUGGAUGAUAACUUUUCUACAAUAGUCACUGUUGCUAAGUGGGGGCGUUCUGUAUAUGUCAAUAUCCAAAAAUUUGUGCAGUUCCAGUUGACAGUUAAUGUAGUUGCCCUUGUUGUUAAUUUCUCAUCUGCAUGCUUAACUGGCAAUGCUCCCCUCACUGCUGUUCAGCUUCUUUGGGUUAACAUGAUCAUGGAUACACUAGGAGCACUGGCAUUAGCUACUGAACCUCCAAAUGAUGAGCUCAUGAAACAAGCACCAGUUGGAAGAAAGGGAAACUUCAUAAGCAAUAUUAUGUGGAGAAAUGUUCUGGGACAGGCUAUUUAUCAAUUUAUUAUAAUCUGGUGUCUCCAAGCACGUGGGAGGAAAUUAUUUCAGCUUGAUGGACCAGAUAGAGACCUUACAUUGAAUACACUGAUUUUCAAUUCUUUUGUCUUUUGUCAGAUUUUCAAUGAAAUCAACUCUAGAGAGAUGGAAAAAAUAAAUGUAUUCAAAGGAAUACUGGGGAAUUAUGUCUUCCUGGGUGUCCUUUUAUGCACUGUGAUUUUCCAAAUUAUAAUUAUCGAGUAUCUUGGUACCUUUGCAAAUACAAUUCCACUCACUUUACCCCAGUGGAUUAUGUGCAUCCUUUUUGGAUUCCUUGGUAUGCCAAUUGCUGCUCUAAUUAAGAUGCUUCCCGUUUGAGUUUAAACCAAGGCAAGAAGCUGCUAGAGACCAAAGAAUUAUUGCCAAAGAAGACGUACAUUCGUGACUCAAGCGAAAGCUAUUUGUAUCUUCCUUCUGUGAAUCAAGAUUCAUACUGUUUAUUUUCAAGGCCUACAAGAAUAGAAAGGUUUGACUUUUUGACAGCUUUUUAGCUGGCGUACCCAAAAAAAAUCCUAAUGGUACUGGUUUUUCUUGUAUUAUUCAAGUUUGGUAAAGAGUUUGACUGUCGAAGAUAUAACAUUUUUCUUUUCAGCUCUAAAUCUUGAUAUAUUCUGUUAA